UGGUUGGUGUUGCAACUUGCAACAUCAUUAGUAUCCACAAAACUGAGUUCUAUCAUCCUCUUACUCUUUUUCCCUUCAAACCACUCAUACAAUGGCGAGUACUCCUACUAUUCCAUCACACAUAAAAGCUUGGGUUUACUCAGAAUAUGGAAACAUAGAAGAGACUCUGAAAUUUGAAUCCAACAUACCCACACCACAGAUCAAGGAAGACGAGGUGCUCAUUAAGGUUGUUGCUGCAGCCCUUAAUCCUGUGGAUUAUAAGAGAGCUCUUGGCUUUUUCAAGAACACCGACUCUCCCUUGCCCACUGUUCCGGGGUAUGAUGUUGCUGGUGUGGUGGUGAGUGUGGGAAGUGAAGUGAAGAAAUUCAAGGUUGGGGAUGAGGUUUAUGGUGACAUCAAUGAGAAUCCUAUAAACAAUCCAAAAAGUGUUGGAUCUUUGGCAGAGUAUACUGCUGUUGAAGAGAAAGUAUUGGCUCACAAACCUUCCAAUUUGAGCUUUGCUGAAGCUGCAUCCCUUCCUUUAGCCAUCAUCACUGCUUAUCAAGGACUUGAAAGAGUUGAGUUUUCUGCUGGCAAAUCUGUUCUUGUUCUUGGAGGUGCUGGUGGAGUUGGAUCCCUUGUUAUUCAGCUAGCGAAACAGGUUUUUGGGGCAUCAAAGGUUGCAGCCACAGCGAGUACUGGGAAACUGGAUUUGUUAAGGAACUUGGGAGCAGACUUAGCCAUUGAUUAUACAAAGGGGCAGCUUGAAGAACUGGAAGAAAAGUUUGAUGUGGUGUACGAUACAGUAGGGCAGAGUGAGAUUGAUAGAGCAUUGAAGGCUGUUAAAGAAAAUGGAAAAGUUGUGACAGUAGCAGCACAUGGAAGUUCUUCGGCUACAUUCGUAAUGCGCAUUUCAGAUGGAACUGUGUUGGAGAAACUAGAACCUUACUUGGAGAGUGGGAAAGUGAAGCCAAUAUUGGACCCUAAGAGUCCCUUUUCGUUUUCUCAGACUGUGGAGGCAUUUGCAUAUUUGAAGACUAACAGAGCCAUUGGAAAAGUUGUUAUACACCCUAUUCCUUGAGGAUAAAGUCCACAAAAUCGAUGAACUCAACCAAACUUGAAAUGUACUGAAUGAUAGAACAUGUGUAAAUUGAUGAAUAUUUCAGAGUUGUGAUCGUUGGGGCAGUGAGAUAGUUUGGUUGUGUUUUGUCUGCAAUAUAAAUUAAUAAAAUCUAUGCACUAGAAUGUUUUACAUUUCGUGA